AUGAUCCGUCGCAACUCCGACUUUGAAAUUCACCUGCCAGACGCGGGCUCGCCAACCGCAGACGUCCCCGAUACUUCUUCAGAUGUAGAGAUGCUCUCGCCAGACAACCAAGAGCAUACGAUGGAAUUGCCUCCUCAUAUCGCUGCUCGUUUCUACCGACGUUCCUCGAGCGCCCGCCGGGCAUCUGACAAAUCCUCCCGCCGAAGUUCGAUGUCGUCACUACAUUCUCAUCACUCGAGCACGACUACCCAUGGAAACCCGCAAAGCAACUAUAUUGCUCAACAUCUUCGCCGUACCUCCAUUUUGGAAACCCGCAAGGCACGGCUGGCUGAUCGAGCUGCCCAUGCCGAAAAAGUGAGACUUCGUGCGACCGUCGCCAAGACCGCGACGCGAAAUUUACAAAUAGAGAGAGCGCUGGCAGCCCAGCAGGCCCGGGAACGGCUGUUAGCUGAAAUCACCGCCAAAUGCGAGGAUGAGGUUCGUCGAGCGAAGAAAAAGGCUGAGGAUACCCGAGAAAUGAAAGCCGCCAAGCACGCUCGCCUUCGAUUAGAAAUGGCCGAGAAAUUCGCCGAGGCCGAGAAAAGACGCCUCGACUAUCAGCAAAAACACAGACGGCAAAGAACAAACAGUGCCCAUUCUGAGAAAGAUAUUCACGCGGAGAAACCCGUGCUGGAAUCCCUGACACGGGAUGCCGCUGCUCAGCUUAUUCAAAGAGCUUGGAGGAACCACCACUCCAAAGCUGUUAUGAAUUCUUUCCGUGCCCUGGAUCUAUCUGUACAGAGGAUUCGCAGCAUGUCCUUUGACGACUUGGGUGCUCUCCUCUCUGAAGAAAACGUCUUGAGCACGAUGGCCAAAGUACUUCGCCUUUGUGGGCUCCAAGACAUGGAAGGUGGUGACAUGGCUGAGCGAGGGGCUGUCCGGACUUUCCUAAGCAGUUAUCUGAUCCUUACUCAUCCUUCUGAAGUUAUGAGCAGAGAUGGCGAGCAGGAGCAGGAUCUGAUUGAAAAGGCACGCGACUUGGUAGUAGUGUUUGAGCAGGUUGUCACCCAGCUUUCGAUCGACUACCGGAGCACUGCUACAUCGAGCGACCUACAAACUCUACGAGAAGCAUAUGGUGUUUUCUUUUCCGCUUUCCAUGCGUGGAAAUCUCAUGACUCUACAGUAUUGGUUGAGAUUAUGUUGGCUCAAUUUGUUGAGCUAGAACUAAUCUGGCAAACUGUAAAGGAUGACCGAGAGGGCGGCGUCGCUGACGACUACAACCAGGGAAUCAGACAUAACCAAAUUCUACUCUUGGCGAAGCUGAAGCGGCUUGCCGGCGCUGAAAAGGCCAUGGACUUGGUGAAGAAGGCUAUCAGAAAAGCCAAGCGUGAAAGGAGGCGCUCGACGUCUUCAAAACAGGCUAUUCCUCGAUCGGCUGCAGUUACAACAUCCGCAGAGAACAAUCCCGAGAGUGUUUCUUCCCCUAUUAGUGAGACUUUUAAUAGUGUUGAGAGUGCCGUUCUUCGCGAACUAGAUAAGCAGAGGCUAUCGCCGCAUGAGAGCUUCGUCAAGGUUUUAACCGCGCUUCCUGAGAAUCGGGUUUUGGUGCAUGAGCUGCUUCUCAACAAAGAAUAUCGAAUCGAACAAGCCUCAUACACGGCUCCGCGGCAGCGAAUAAUCAAACAUAUGAUCGACAUGAUGAGAAGAGAUGUUGAAGCUGGCCUUGGCACGAAGUGGAUAGUUGCAAUGGCUACUGUUAUACAAGACCGACUUCUGAGAUCCCUCAAACCUGGGAAUUCGUUGCACGUUCUCAUCAGUGAGGCGCUAGAUCCAAAGGUGAUUGAGGCGCAAUGCAAUUCCGGCGUAUUCUCUUAUGACCGCUUCUUCGAUUUUAUGACUGGCAUUCUCCCCAAACUUUGUGCUCCAUUCCGAGACCCCGAAGUGAAAGCUUUUUCCGAAGACGUUUCUGGUGACGCCAUUGAUCGGCUGUCUAGACUGAUGGCUAUCAUUGACUUGCUGUCUUUGGAUCACACAAAUUUCAUGAUCCAUAUGGCGGCUCCUCAACUCAUACAAGAAGCACCAGGUUAUGAACAGAGGACAUUCGAAAGAGGUCUUGCGGAUGGGUCGAUUGUUUUGGAAAAAGUGAAACGUUUUUGGCAAGUAAAUCGCAGUGUGGUGUUAGAGGAAAUGAGACGACGUGACCCGGAGAAUGUUAAUUCUCAUAUUCAACCCUCGGUUUCAAAAAUAUACGCCCAAGGGCUGGCAGACAUUGUGCUCGGCAACUCUCCAGUUUCCGAGGAUAUCGUUCCAGAGACACUUGAACUUGAUUACAAUCGACUCGCACGAUUGCAUAUGAAGGCCUUCAGUAUUGUCGCAACGGCAUCCAUUCUUUUGACUGCGAAGAAUUUGCUCAAAAGAGAUGCAAGGUCACAUUGGAAAGCCGAAGCAGACCGCAUUGUUUCUUUGGAUUUCACCGAGACCAGACCCGAAAGGGUAUUGUCGAUCAUCGAAUCGACUCAUCCGAUGCCAUCUACCGCUAGGUCGCAGCUUCUGUCGACUAUCAAACGUGUUGUCGGACCAGUCGUUACUGCCUCGGUCUCAGCAGAGCUUUCGCAAAGCCCCCAAGUCGAGGUUGUUUCGGGAUCGACCUUGUCCACCCAGAAUGACUCCGGGGUGAAUGAACUAUCGGCGCCAAGUUUCACGGACCCGGUUGGAAAACUUCUUCUAUCUCGACUUCGCACCCAUGUCUUAUCUCGCCUUAACGCUGCAAGCGCCAGCGAGAGGAUCCGCGCUACCACGACAGCAAGUCAAAGCCUUGCUGCUGCGGGAAUGCCCGAGUUCGUAAACGACGUAGGGAAACUCGUUGAUGACCUCUCCAAAGUUAGAGAGGCCGAUUGGACAGGCCAUAGUUCUGUUUACGAAGGUAUUUUGAGUGGCGGCCCGCCCCCAACUACUUCGACAUGA